AUGAACGCUCUUCGGUCUGGUUCCGCUUUCGCGCGCCGGUCCCUUGCGACCCCUCCUGUUGCCCCUCUCUCUUCUUCUUCUCGUCUUCUCUCUUCCUCCUUUACUUCCUUUUCUACUUCCCAGAGAUCUCUUUCUUCUGCCUCCCUCCCUCGCACUAACAGAAUCUCUGCGUCUUCCCGCUGGACCGGAUCGACUUCUUCGUUGUACCUUACUCAAAUCCGCACUAUGGCUUCCGAAAGCAAGAUCAAGGUCGUGAACCCGGUGGUGGAGCUGGAUGGUGAUGAGAUGACCCGUAUUAUCUGGCAAGACAUCCGUAACAAGUUGAUUCUGCCUUACCUCGACAUUGACCUUAAGUACUACGACUUGGGUCUUGAGUACCGUGACCAGACCGAUGACCAGGUCACCAUUGACGCCGCUGAGGCUAUCAAGAAGUACGGUGUCGGUGUCAAGUGUGCCACCAUCACCCCCGAUGAGGCCCGUGUUGAGGAGUUUAAGCUGAAGAAGAUGUGGCUGUCCCCCAACGGUACUAUCCGUAACAUCCUUGGCGGAACCGUUUUCCGUGAGCCCAUCAUCAUUGAUAAGAUCCCCCGUCUCGUGCCUGGCUGGAACAAGCCCAUUGUCAUUGGCCGUCACGCCUUCGGUGACCAGUACCGUGCUACCGACCGUGUUAUCCCCGGCCCCGGUAAGCUCGAGCUGGUCUACACCCCCGCCGGUGGUGAGCCCGAGGUUGCCCAGGUCUUCGACUUCCAGGGUGGCGGUGUCACUCAGGUUCAGUACAACACUGACGAGUCCAUCCGUGGAUUCGCCCACGCCUCUUUCAAGAUGGCCCUCCUCAAGGGUCUCCCUCUGUACAUGAGCACCAAGAACACCAUCCUUAAGCGCUACGACGGCCGCUUCAAGGAUAUCUUCCAGGAGAUCUUCGACAAGGAGUACAAGGCUGAGUUCGAUGCCAAGAAGAUCUGGUAUGAGCACCGUCUCAUCGACGACAUGGUUGCCCAGAUGAUCAAGUCUGAGGGUGGCUUCGUCAUGGCCCUGAAGAACUACGACGGUGACGUCCAGUCCGACAUCGUCGCCCAGGGCUUCGGUUCCCUCGGUCUCAUGACCUCCACUCUCGUCACCCCCGACGGCAAGUCUUUCGAGGCCGAGGCCGCUCACGGUACCGUCACCCGUCACUACCGCGAACACCAGAAGGGUAACGAAACCUCCACCAACCCCAUUGCCUCCAUCUUCGCCUGGACCCGUGGUCUCGUCCAGCGUGGUCAGCUCGACAACACCCCCGACGUUGUUAAGUUCGCCGAGGAGCUCGAGCGUGCCUGUAUCGAGGUUGUCAACGACGAGGGUAUCAUGACCAAGGAUCUUGCCCUUGCCACUGGUCGCAAGGACCGUGAGGCCUGGGUUACCACCUCCGAGUACAUGGCUGCCGUUGAGCGGAAGCUGAAGGCCAACCUCAAGUCUCGCCUGUAG